UCUGAAUCUUCUACUCCAAAAACCAAAAAAAGAUCACGACUGAGUAUCGUCACCAAGUCAAAGGCGCAACAAAAUGACAAUCAGGGCAUUGCAAAAGGUGUCCGUUGGACAGAAUGGCAUUGGCGCCUUCAUUUUACAAUGCAAGAAGAUAGACGUCCAUUAUUGCGACUAUUCAGGAAGCUCCAGAGGAAUGAACUCCUUCAUUAAAUCUCAAUUAUCCAAAUUCGCUUCCGCUCAUCCUCAGAUCGAAUUCACCGUAGCUCCUCGGCCGCAUAAACACCCGGUGCUCAUCGGCCACUAUAUCAACGGCAAACAAAAGUCCAUAUGCGUGAAGAACAUGGAUUCGCUCCAAAUACUCAAGAAGGUGCAAUUACUACGAGAUGCGAGCGGGGAGAAGAUCAAGAAGGUCAACAAGCCAAUCACAAGUAUCAACGAGAGUGUGAGAGGAGUAUGGAGUCCUUACCACGGCAGUGGCAUGCCAGUAUAAGAAAUACUAUGGAGGGUACGGAGAGAAUUAGCAACCUUGUAUAACUACGAACAGAUGUAUAACACGGUUGAAGGCACAUAAUAUCACGAGACCAAGAACUUAGCCCGAAGAAAGCUUUUACGAAUAAUCACGAGACAAUUCUA